AUGCGUCGCCAUGGCAGGUCGGGCGGAGGUCCGACUAAGGCUGUCACGCCUAUGUCCGACAACCUGUCCCUCAUCCAUUCCUUCGAUUCGGUCAUGAACCCGAAUCGACCCGUGCGCCCCUCGCCCUUGGCCUCCUCCCACAUUAAAGCGUUGCCGCUCGAACUUGUCGAUCGUCUGCGCUCCUUCCCCCUCUUCCAGGCCACGCCCGAAUCCUUCUUGAUCGAAGUGGGCCAGCACCUGCGCCCGCAGCUUCACGCCCCGAACGAUUAUAUUUUGACCGAGGGCGACGAUGCAAGAGCAAUCUACUGGUUGGUGCGCGGUGCCGUGUCCGUCACAUCGCGUGAUGGUGAAAGUAUAUAUGCCGAGUUGGAACCAGGUUCCUUCUUUGGAGAAAUUGGAGUGCUAAUGGAUCGGCCGCGCACCGCGACCAUCAUUGCCCGCACUCGAUGCAUGCUGGUCGUGCUCUCCAAGGAGGACUUUCGCAACAUUCUUCCGCGCUUUCCAGAUGUUGAGCGCGCGAUCAUGGAAGAAGCCCAAGAGCGAUUGAUGAUCCUCGAGAAAAAGAAAAAGGAGACUUCGGCUCCCGUCGUGGACGACGAACCCAGCCCCAGUCCAGUACGAAGAGGCUCGAAACGACUUCGCGAAAGCUUUUCUAAAGAUCACAUUGUUGCGGAAGAUGAAGACUUGAGUUUAAAAUCAGUCUAUAAAAAACGGAAAUCACCUAGCCCAGGACGACGAGAUGCAGCCAGUGCAUUGGCCAAUGGACUGGUGAACGUCCGCCUGCUGCUGAAAGAACUCCCGCUCUUCUCCGGGUUACCCGCAGAUAUUCUUCAUUUCUUGGGUUUGAAUGCCCAACCAGCCUCAUUCCAUCCAUUCACCGACAUAAUUAAGCAAGACUCGCAGGGCCGCGAGCUCUAUUUCAUCGUUCGUGGUGAAGUGGAGGUUGUGGCUGAAAAGCGUGAGCCAAGCAAUGAGCACCAUGGCAAGCCGAAUGGAGUCGAUCACGGCGGGGUAGAAAUCAAAGCUAGACUCAAGCAGGGACAGUACUUCGGAGAAGUCGUCAGUUUGGCUCUAGCGCCGCGAAGGACAGCAACCGUUCGCUCUGUCACUUCGGUGGAAUGCCUCAUGCUGAGUGGCGACGUGCUCUCCAAAUUCUGGGAGAUGUGCCCUAAGGAUAUUCGAGACCAGGUGGAGCGUACCGCCCAAGAAAGGCUACAGGCGGCUUCCGAUGGCGAUGUAGUCAUGACGGAUGCCUCUGAGGAGCACACUCCAAUGGGUGACUUGAAUAUCGAUGAUCGGGUGAAAAUAACUUCAGCUCGGAGAAAGUCCAUGCCUCUAUUGACAUUAACUGAGACUGAGCUCGAUGGCCCACUCCAAUCCUCAUCAGGCGAAGACCAGGAGCACCCUUUGGCACGGCCAUCCGACCCAGAUCCAUAUCUGAGCCUUGGUUUAGACAAGGUUCGACUCAGAAGCCGACGCGGCUCGGUGGCACCGUUAACCCCAGAAGAAAUGACAGGGGAAUACCAACGACAAUCUCAUUCCGAGCCUCGAUCUGCUACUUCAUCGAGCUUUGCACUUCCAGAAACAGCCGAACUGUCCAAACCACACCAUUCUGCACGUCCCUUGAAAGAUGCCCCACCCGGCAUUUUUCCAGAUAGCAUUCUGCUGAACAUAUUUGGGUUCCUCGAAUUCCAUCACCUACUUCGACUCCGUGCAGUGUCAUCUCAUUGGUGUGGCAUUCUGAACAAGUCACCGGAGCUUGUUCGGGAUUUGGACCUCAGCAUAUACAACCGUAGAGUCACUGAUGAUGCGCUUGUGAAGAUUAUUUGUCCAUUCGUUGGUGACCGACCCCGAUCCGUGAACAUCAACAAUUGCUUCCAUAUCACCGACGAAGGGUUCAAUGCACUAGUCAAUACGUGUGCACCUAACUCUACGACGUGGAAGAUGAAAAGCGUCUGGGAUGUCACAGCUUCAGCAAUUCUCGAAAUGUCUGCCAAGGCUACGAGUCUUCAGAGCGUAGAUUUGAGCAACUGUCGAAAGGUAGGGGAUACACUCAUGGCCCGAAUUAUCGGGUGGGUUAUCCCUGGAAAUCAAAAGCCUACCGAGGGCAAAAGUGCUUCUAUCAAACCAACUUUCCAGACGGAAGACAGUUUGGUCUACGGCUGCCCGCAACUAAAGAAGCUUACGCUGUCGUACUGCAAACACGUCACGGACCGUUCAAUGCAUCAUAUUGCAUCACACGCAGCAGGUCGAAUCGAAGAAAUGGAUUUGACUCGCUGCACUACAAUUACAGACCAGGGCUUCCAAUAUUGGGGGAACGCCCGGUUCACCAACCUGCGCCGACUCUGCUUGGCGGACUGCACCUAUUUGACUGACAAUGCCAUCGUGCAUCUAACCAAUGCUGCCAAACAGCUACAAGAAUUGGACUUGUCAUUCUGUUGCGCACUAUCCGAUACAGCAACAGAAGUUCUUGCCCUUCAAUGCUCACAAUUGAAGUCUCUGAACAUGUCAUUCUGUGGCUCUGCAAUUUCCGAUCCCUCCCUCCGCAGUAUCGGCCUGCACCUCCUUUCACUACAGCAUCUAUCCGUACGCGGCUGUGUCCGCGUUACCGGUGUAGGCGUGGAAGCCGUAUCCGAAGGCUGUCAUCAACUCGAGUCAUUCGAUGUCAGCCAAUGCAAGAACCUCCUUCCAUGGCUUGAAGACGGCGGCGCAAUGCGAUACCAGCCACGCAUCAAUUUCCAAAUCGUGGCCUCCAAUGAUAAGAAUUUCCGAUGA